AAGCUGUGGGCAAGAAGGAUAAAGUUCUGAUGAUUUAGCAAUGAAUUCUCUCUAUGUUUGGCUGUCUGCAUUCAUGUCGGUCUCAGUGCAGGGUCACACGGAUUCUGAAAAUGGUUGGUCAAUGACAAUCGCGGACAGAGUGAGGGCUGAGAAAGGAGGCUCCGCUGUUUUACCCUGCAGCUUCACCCACCCAGACACUGAUCUCACACUCACCGGCUCCGUGAUAUGGAAAAAUCAGAACAAAGAUGUUAUCUUUAAAUGUGCAUAUCAUUCCCAGGGUGAGCUGUGUGAGAAUGUGAUACAGCGGGACGGUGGAAACCGAUUCAGAUUCGUGGGGAACCUCAGCAACAAAGAUGCCUCAAUAAUAAUAGACGGACUGGGCCAGGAGGAUAAGGGUUCCUAUCGGUGUCGUGUAGAGCUCAACAUUGACAAUUUUGGAACUGGGAAAGGAACAAAACUGGAAGUGAAAGCUGCUCAGGGACAAGUUUCAGUGGUGAAUGGGACAGAGGGAGAGUCAGUCACUUUACCCUGUAUCUUCAAGACCAAGAACAAUUACCCCCUGAACACUGUUACCUGGAUGAGGAAGGAGCCCUACCAACACAUCGUUACAUUUACAGCCCAAUCACAGGGAAAUUGGACAACUGUAAACGGUGGAAAUCAAUAUGAGCUCAUUGGGAACCCAGAGGAGGGAAAUGCCUCAACCAGGAUAAACCAGCUGAGAGUGAGUGACAAUCACACUUACCUGUGUCAGGUGGAAUACAGAUCAGAACCCGAUUUUCAGUAUCUGAUCCAGAAAGAGACACGGCUGCAGGUCAUACCUGGAAUGACCCAGGUUUGUCCAGCAUUCCCAGGACUGAUCAGGCCCAACAGCCAUCUGCCCCAGAUCAGGAUGAUUCCAGCUUCUAUGCCGAGAUUGACAGCAACAGAACAGGUGGCAAGAGAUUCACAAUCAGUGGUUCAGAAGACCCUCAGCCUGAUCCCUGUAUCUAUGCCAACAUCGUGUUUGACAGUAACAGAAAAGUUCAAGAUGGCAAGACUCUCUCAGUUGCUGAUUCAGAAGAGAAUGUAACCUAUGCAGCCAUUGUGAACACAUAUUAGGAGUGAGCAUUCACACUGCUGGUUCAAACAGUAACAGAAGAAGGUGCAGACAAGCUGGAGACAAAGAUGUGUACAAAUGGAGAUUCAGCCAGAAAAGUAUAGCUGAUUGGUCUGUGGACUAAUGAUCAGUAAUCAAUGUCAAAGACCUUCUUGCUGCCAACAACUAUGUGAUUGGUUCCUGGUAACUGACCAUCUUUUGGAUGUAAACAAAAUAGGGAGGAGCCAUCAGACCUCCACCAACUGAGGAACUUUUCAUCAUCAGCUCUGUUCCCUGCAAUAAAAGAUCAUUUAAA